AUGGCGUUUUCGCCUUCAUGUGGCGCUGCCGCGGUAUUCGGUGCUUGCCCAGGGCCCCUGCAAGGGCUCGGAGGCCGAGGUAGGCCUUCUAUCCCCUCGUGGAGAUUCGCUCAUCGGCUCUGUGCUGUUCCAUCUGCUGCAAAGAGCCCUGCUACUUAUGCGACGGCGUGGACAGUCUAUCCCCAAGGCCUCUUCGGCUGCGCUCACCAGCCACCUGCACGUUUUGCUGCGUGCCUGUCGACACUUGCAAGUAGCAGCAGCAGCAGCAGCAGCAGCAGUUCCCCGUCCAAACCCUGCGGAAACCAACAGGGGGGGUCCGGAGAGCCUCGUGCCGCCUGCAGCGGGAGCGAGAGCAGCAGCAGCAGCGGCAGCAAAAGCAGCAGCGUCAAUGACAGCAGGGACGACAGCAAGGCCAGCAGCAGCAGCAAAAGCAAGCAUUCCGAAAUGCCAGGGCAUGGGGAAGCAAAUGAGAAGGCAGCGAAAUUGUGGGGGCUUUUGUCCGCUGCGCUGUGGCCUGCGAGCAGCCCCCUAAAAAUGCGCGUCUUGGCUGCAGUGGUUUCGCUGAUUGCUGCAAAGUGUCUGACCAUUGCUGCUCCUGUUGCACUGGCGGGCCUCGUUGACCACUUUACACAAGCAGCUGCAGCAGGCGCGCAGGCUGGCAUAGCAGCACACGCAGCACCAGCAGCAGCAGCAGCAGCAGCAUCUGCUGCUGCUGAAGGAAUCGCAGCUGCAACCGGAACAACAGGAAUAACAGGAGCUGCGUCUCUGUUCCAUCCAGCUCUUCCUGUUGGACUUGUUGUUAGUUAUCCGCUAGCAAGACUUGGAGCUUCCGCUUUCACGGAGCUGCGUACUGCUCUUUUCGCUCGCGUCUCGCAGAGAGCUUCUCGCGAGUUGGCUUUGAAGUCAUUCUCUCAUAUGCACGCCAUUUCUUUUAGCAGCAACAACAAAAUAGGCGAGAUGACGGCUGUCCUUACUCGAGGAACGAAGGCCAUUUCAUUGCUCCUGAAUGUUCUGCUCUUUCAGGUGGUGCCUACAAGUCUGGAAUUCUUGAUGGUUUUGGCUCUCCUUAAGCUGCGUGUUGGCUGGACAGUAGCGGCGACUGCUGUGGGAACAAUAUCGGCCUACUGGGCCUUUACUGCAGCGAUUACGACGCGCCGAGCAAAGCUAAGACGCGAGAUGAAUCGCCUUGAGGGGCUUAGUGCAGGACUUUUGGUAGACUCUCUUGCAAAUGCGGAGGCUGUGAGAUACUUCACGGCGGAGGCAUACGAGGCGCAGCGCUUCGGGUCAGUCCAGCGACAGCUAGAGGACCAAAUGACGAAGGUGAACGAGUCUCUUGCCUUUUUAAACUUUGGGCAGCAACUUAUCUUCACCACUGGCCUCUCCCUGGCACUGCUUCACACGGCUAGCCUAGUUGCCUCAGGCGCUGCCCCAGUGGGACAGAUCAUUCUUGUCAGCACUCUGCUCUUGCAGCUAGCGAUUCCCUUAAAUUUCAUUGGUACGGCGUAUAGAGAGUUGACGCUGAACACGAUUGACCUGGAGAAGUUGCAACAGCUGCUGAAAAUGCGGCCGCUGGUCCGCGAUCCUCACAACCCUGUGGUGUUUCAGCUACACGGUGGAGCUAUCGAAUUCAAGGACGUGAAGUUCGCCUAUCCUCCUUCUCACUCCCUGGACCAGCUGUCCGGCCAACAAAGGCCUUAUAAAAAGCAUAUGGGGGAAGAUAGCCAAGACUCCAGCGCUUCGCGAGGCGUAGGCAAGCUAGUUUUAGAUGGCUUUUCCCUGGAAGUUCCGGCUGGCCGCAGGGUCGCCCUCGUGGGAGAGUCAGGUUCGGGCAAGACGACCCUCAUUCGCCUUUUAUAUCGUUUGGCAGACCCCUUGAGCGGUGUAGUCUCUAUAGAUGGCCAGGACCUGAAAACGCUCCCCGCCAUGUCCUUCAGGCGACAUAUUGGUGUUGUCCCACAAGACGUGUUACUCUUCAACGAAUCCCUUGGGUUCAAUCUUCGCUAUGGAAGUCCAAAUGCAACAGAUGAACAAGUGAAGGAGGCAAUCCGGCUCGCUGAGCUAACAGAACUAGUGGAGUCGCUUCCAUCUGGCUUGGACACGCCAGUCGGCGACCGUGGGGUGCGCCUCAGCGGCGGGGAGAAGCAACGCGUCGGGAUUGCGCGUUGCCUUCUGCGCAACCCAGAGAUUGUCGUAUUUGACGAAGCAACCAGUGCACUGGAUAUGCAUACGGAACACAAGAUUCUGAAGGCAAUGCGUGCAAUAUCUCAUGGACGCACCACGCUUGUCAUCGCACACCGCCUCUCUACUGUCGCAGGGGCAGAUACAAUUGCUGUACUUGACCAAGGCCGUGUCGCGGAAAUAGGAACCCACGCUGAACUGUUGCAAAAGAAAGAUGGGCUAUAUGCUUCCAUGUGGGAUAGACAACGAGAAGGCCAAUUGGGGAGGGUCCUGAGCCGCGACUAG